GUUUCUGACCCCUCGACGCAGGAACAACAGAAGAUUCCUCUAUCUGAGGAUGACCCUCUUUCUUCAUUGCAUCUACUUGCUGACAUCCUUGAUGAUAAGCCUUUGGAGGUUCAGUAUGAUGCUAAUGUAUUUGGGCAUGGCUCUGAGGUCCCAAUAUACCUUAAUAGCCAAGAUGUCCGUGAGCUUGCGUCGGGAACACAAGAGUUGAAUAUUUCAAUUAUUCAACUAUGGACGAUGUAUAUGUCUGGGGUCACUAAUAAGUUGGGGCGUUCUGAUGAUUAUGGAUUCAUUGAUCCCCAAGACAUUCAUGAAUCAAAUGAUUUUGAUCAUAUCAACACGAGAAUGAUAAGCAGUUUUCGAAGGGGCAAGAAAAUAUACUUUUUGCCUUAUAUAUCCGGGCGCCAUUGGCAACUUCUUGUUAUGUCUGUGCAAGACAACUAUGCUUUGUGGUUCUGCUCAUUGCACAGGCCUCCUCCCACACAACUCAGACAAGCAAUUGAUUGUUCUAUUCCAGCAAGUAUGAUGAUGGACGGGAGAUCAAUUGUUAAGAGUAGAAAGAUUGCUUGGAUUUCUCUCAAGUGUAACAGACAAAAUGGGUCAUAUGAGUGUGGAUACUAUGUAAUGUAUUGGAUGACCCAUAUUGUUCGUUCUCACAUCACAAGAAGCUGGGAAACGAGAUUCAAGACUACUACACCAGUUCCUGAGAAGUCACUACUAUUCAUUAGGAACGCUGCUGCGAAGUAUAUAGUUAGAUUAUACAAUAGCUCUUAGAUUUAGAUUUAAACAAUGCAUUUGAUUAGAUAGAAUUUUCUU